AUGAAUUGCUUCCAGGCCAUUCUGCCCCACAUCCGAGGGCUGCUCUCCAGCUGUGGGCCCGGCCAAGUGCAGGCCCUUCUGGACAACCUGCUGGAUGAGGCGCUGCUCUCCCGGGAAUACCACAGCGCCCUGCUCCGCGAGCCAGAUGACGAGGCUUUGGCCAGGAAGAUAUCCCUGACCCUGCUGGAGAAGGAAGACCUGGACUCAGCCUUCCGGGGGUGGUUCUGGAGCGGGUCGCAGGCCCCAACGGCCGAGAGGGGCCCCAGCCACAGAGACCAUGGGGGGUUCUGGAAAGCUGAGAUGUGGCUGUCAGAGAGGAGCCAGGCUGUGGCCCACCUUCUUCCAGACCUCUUUUCCCUAGAACCAGAGCCUGCUCCCAUCUGGGGAGUCUCCUUUGCCCCCUGGAAGGAGAUGUGUGGGCGAGGGGGCCCCUUGUCCUUCACCUUGGGCUGCUUCUCAGUCCAUGCUCAGCCUGCCUCCCAGCCUGCCUCGCCGCUGUGA